AUGGCGGCCGGUCCUGGAGACAUUCUCCUUCACCGUUUGCAUGGGAGUGAAUUCACGACCGGCGAAACGAUUGAGUUUGACGAUGACCCAGAAUGUCUCUCUGCCUCAAACCGCAUCAUUUAUGCAGGAUAUGCCGAUGGCAUGGUGAAGAGCUACGACUACAUUAGAAAGGAAUCGAUGGGAGCUCUUACUCGCUGUGAGCUGGCAGUCAGAUGUUUAGCUGUCUCGGACCAUGGAAGGUUCCUGGCGAUCGGAACUGAGGGCACCGAGAUCAAAAUUAUCGACACGGAAGACAUCGACAUGUGUUGGUCCAUCAAGGGUCACAAGAAGGCUGUCAACUGUUUCGCAUUUGAUCCUCUCGGGAAUUUCUUGUUGUCGUCUAGCUGCGAUGGAACCGUCAUUGUUUGGGAUAUCAAGACAAGGGAUAGCAAACCAUACGAGAUCAUCAAUAUUUCGGAUCCCAUCACGACAUCCUCAGUCAAGAGCUUCCCUCUUGCGUGGCAUCCUACGGGCGAGUUCUUUGUCGUAGGAAAGGACAAAGAUAUCAUCGUCUAUCACAGACAUACAUGGACGAAGUCAUUCACCUAUCGCAACGGAUCAACAGCUAUGCCCUUGUCGCUCCACUUUUCCCCUAACGGCAGGUUCUUGCUCGCCAGGUCUAAUAUGGAUAACGUCUGGGUUUGGCAGUACAAGGAGAAAGAAAGCCCCUGUGCCGAAUACACACACGCUGCAGGAGGAAUGACGGGGGCUUGGUGGAAGAUUGACGAGAAUGCAAUCGCUAUUACUGACAAGAAGGGUAAGGUCAAAUUUUGGGAGAAUGUCGUCGAUUCGGAGAAAGGAGCGCCCUUUGGCCAGCCGAAGCCUGACCCCCUCGAGGGACUUUUUGACGACGCCGCAAUCGAUGAUGAUGCCAAAGAGGAUGAAGAAAUGGGACAUGCAGCAGUGAGCGACGAUGAAUCCUUGCACGACUUUAUUGUGGAUGAUGAACAUGGUCAUUAUAUCCCCGAGAAAACUAGUGGCGCCUCUGCAGAAAAGAUUGCGACCGCUCGCGGGGUUAGCUUCAGCUCCGCAAAGGCGAAGCCCCUGAAGACGUUACACCCUCGAUUUCAGCCCGGAGCAACUUCAUCAGAUGGACAAAGGCGAUACCUCGCUUUCAACUUGCUGGGACUCAUUACCUCUGUUCAACAUGAGAACCGCUGCACCGUUGUUGUCGAGUUCCAUGACAAGGUGACCAGCCGUGGUUUUCGCUUUUCCGACAACUCAAAGUUCUCGAUGGCAUACCUUGGUAUCAAUGGAGCUAUUUUUGCUGCUCCUGCCAUUGACGAAAACCCCAGCACAGUUUACUACAAGACGCAUGAUAGCUCGCUUUCAAAGUCAGAGUGGCAAAUAUAUUUGCCUGAGGGAGAGGAUGUCAUUGGUAUCGCCUUGACAAAGGAUGCUGCCAUUGUGGCCACGUCAAGAGGCUUUGUUCGUACAUUUUCACAGAGUGGAGUCCAGACUGGAAUCUUCAGCGUUGGCUCGAUUGUUGCAAUUGCAGGACUUCACGACUUGGCAAUCAUUUUUUACCACCAAGGCGAGCCAUUUGAAGGAUCUCAAAACUUGGGCUACUUGAUGUACAACGUUGAUACGAAUCAGAGGAUACAGCGCGGACCCUUGCCUGUGUCUGACGACACUUCGGUUACCUGGCUCGGUUUUUCUGAAUAUGGCGUCCCGGCGUUUUACGACGACACUGGUGUCGUCCACAUCCUGAACCAUUACCGACGUAUCGAUCAAGGACAAUGGGUUCCUAUUCUAGACACGAACGUCCUUGAUUCCGACAAGGACACUCCACCCACGUACUGGCCAGUUGGUCUUUCUGACGAGACGUUCACAUGUGUCAAGUGCAGGAAAGGAGAGUCGGAGCCAAGUUUCCCUAAACCAUUUGUGACAGAGCUACCAUUCAAGAUGCCUACGCUCUACCAAGAAACUGAGGCAGGAGAGGCAGAAGAAGCAUGGCUACGUGAAAAGAUCAUGACUGGACUCAGCAAGGAUGAAAAGUUGGCCUCCUCGCUUGAGCGCCCCAAUAAGACCGUUUCAAGGAGGGAAGUCGAGAUGGACAUGCUGGUCCUCAAGAUGAUUGGUUUCGCCUGCAAGGCUGGAUUCGCGCAAAAGGCAAUGGACUUAACGGCCAUGCUAUGCAACAGUAGCUCGGUUGAUAGAGCGGUCAAGAUCGCGUAUCAUUACAAGCUCCAACAACUUACGGAACGCAUGCAAAAGCUCCGAGAAGUGAUGGUGCGGGCCGAGGAGGAUGGCCAUUCUGAUGCGGAGAACGUGAUGGGGGACGAUACCAUUGACACGUCCUCUAGAAGGGAUGAGAGAUUGUACAGGGUGUCGUCUAAGCAGGAGGAGGAGGAGCUGGAGAGAAGGACUUUCCAGAAAAAGGAACCUGUCCAAGUCAACGAUCCAUUCGGAAGACGGGUUGUCAAGGACACCUCGGCGAGCAGAAGCACCAGUAAUGGCAGUGGGUCUGCUGCUGCUGCUGCAGGAGGAGCGGCUAACCCGUUCAAGAAGAAGGUCGGCGCGAGCUCGGCCGGUGCACCCAAAGGAUUUGGCAACAUUGUGAAGGAGACUGACAGCAACGUUUUGCCGAUUACUCGACGUGCGACAGAUGUCUUUGAGGCUGCGGACUACCUGACAGCAGAUGAUCAGCGUUCGCGGACAGAGAAGGAAAAGGCCGGUCGCCAGGACGAUAUCUUUAGGAAGCGGAAGGCCAAUGGGGCAACAGCGACCAGCGGCGGACAGAAGACCCUGAGCAUGUUCACUAAGCAGGCGUCAGCGGGUUCUUCGUCAGCAACAGACACCAAGCGGUUCAAGAAACAACAGCAGGAGGAUGAGAUGAUGGUGGAGGAUGACUUUUUGGAGGACAACAAUGGAUACGAAGACCGCGAGGAGUCGUUCCCUCCAGCGGCGCAGGUGAUCCCUGAGACUCAACAGGACGAUAAUGAUGAUGACGAGCUGUUUGCGCUGUCGGUUGAGGAGACGCGCGGGCACCUUGCUAGCACACGCGUCGAGUCGUCGUUGUCGCCUGACCGGAGAUCAGUUCUUGCAGGGUUCAAGUUCAACCGUCCUUAG